CCUAUGUCUGGAACGGAAAAAAUGAUUAUUUAUUAUCGUAGCCCACUACCUCUCGUCUGCUUCACCGAAAAACAAGAAAAAAAAAACCUCAAAACCGUUGAAUUCUGGAAGACAAGAAAGACGACGAAAUCCGUUGAGCUCGUUAUCUUCAGUGACGACCACUCCCUCGUUGCCUUGCUCUCCCCCCUCCACGUGUCCCCCGAAACUUCCAAUUUCCAAAAGAUAACCCCUCCUUCACCAAUCAACCACCACCCUCAAACAAUCUUUUAGCUUCUCUUUCUCCACCCCACCGCGAAACAAGCAAAUCCAAUCUCUCAUUUCUUAGAUAUAUAUAUUCUUUUUCUUUGUUUAUAGUUUUUUGUUCUUGUUGCUGUUGUAGCUUUAUUGGGUCGCUUUUAUUUUUAUUUGUUUUGCCUUUGUUUUGGGUUUUUGGAGAGAGGGGUUGAGACUUGAGAGAGAUGGAUCAUGCAGCAGAUGCUCAUAGGACUGAUUUGAUGACAAUAACGCGUUUCGUGUUGAACGAGCAAUCCAAGUAUCCUGAGUCUCGUGGAGAUUUCACCAUCUUGCUUAAUCACAUAGUUCUUGGUUGCAAGUUUGUUUGCUCUUCUGUUAACAAGGCUGGUCUUGCCAAACUCAUUGGACUUGCUGGGGAGACUAAUGUCCAGGGUGAAGAACAAAAGAAACUGGAUGUGCUUUCAAAUGAAGUCUUUAUCAAGGCUUUAGUGAGCAGUGGCAGAACAUGCAUCCUUGUCUCCGAAGAAGAUGAAGAGGCAAUGUUUGUGGAACGCUCAAAGCGUGGAAGGUACUGUGUUGUUUUUGAUCCACUGGAUGGUUCCUCCAACAUUGAUUGUGGAGUUUCCAUUGGAACAAUUUUUGGAAUAUACAUGGUGAAAGAUAACCAUGAACCAACUCUAGAUGAUGUGCUGCAACCUGGGAAGAAUUUGUUGGCAGCUGGUUAUUGCAUGUAUGGAAGCUCUUGCACGCUUGUGUUGAGCACUGGAGGAGGAGUUAACGGGUUCACCCUUGAUCCAUCUCUUGGAGAGUUCAUACUAACUCACCCAGACAUCAAGAUUCCAAAGAAAGGGAAGAUCUAUUCGGUUAAUGAAGGAAAUGCUAAGAACUGGGAUGGUCCAACGGCCAAGUUUGUGGAAAAAUGCAAGUUCCCCAAUGAUGGUUCCUCUUCAAAGUCUCUGAGAUAUGUUGGAAGUAUGGUAGCUGAUGUCCAUCGCACACUACUCUAUGGGGGUAUCUUUCUGUACCCUGCAGAUAAGAAGAGCCCCAAUGGGAAGCUGCGUGUUCUCUAUGAGAUCUUUCCAAUGUCUUUCUUGAUGGAACAAGCUGGAGGUCAGGCAUUCACCGGCAAGCAACGGGCACUUGACUUGGUUCCAACAAAGAUACAUGAGCGGUCUCCAAUAUUUCUCGGCAGCUAUGAUGAUGUUGAAGAAAUUAAAGCACUCUAUGCUGCUGAAGGGAAGAAGGAAUAAAUGUACAAUUCUCAUGCCUCUCACUUUACUUACAUAGCAUUUCUGGAUUCUGUUUGUAAAUAUGUAUUCAUAAGAUAUAAUCCCUUUAUAAUGGGAUACUACAGUUUAUCCAUGGAUAUAGUUUGAAUAAUUGUUAAGUUUAAUGAUAUUCAUUAUUGCAUA